AUGUCGUUUACGGAAAAAUUAAAUGUUAUUUACAAAAAAAAAUCAUUUAAAUAUGGGGUGCCAUUUCUUCUUAUGAUGGUAGCCGGCUCCUUCGGCCUGCAGCAGUUUUCUAAUUUGAGAUACCAGUACGCUAAAAAGCAGCCGGUAUCACCCGAAGAUAUGAAGAAAUAUGGAAUAACGAUGAAAAAACGAGGGGAAGUGACGCUAGAAACAGAAUAUGAUAAAGUUAAAGUCAUUGAUAUUGACCACUGGGAAAAUAAACGUGGUCCUCGUCCAUGGGAGGAGGAGGAACUUACGGUGACGGCGGUAAAAUAAAGCUGACCAACUUGUUGCAACAUAGAUAUGUAGUGCUUUAUUAAGAUAGUUUUUGACUGUUUAAUUUGUACAAACCUAGUCGGAUCAUAAACUAAAAGUAAAGGGUGUAAGAUAAAUAAA